AUGCCCACCUCCACGGGCAUCAAUACCACGUUUGCCGUCGCAGGGAUCCUCGCCGGCCCCGGUGCCAUCUGCAAUGCAGACAUUCACUGGGCUGAUAUGGGCAAAGGCAUCCUUGUGGCCCUCUACUUCACAUGGCAUUUGACGCUAUGUUUCAAUCUCGGAAACCAGCGUCAACCUCAAUCUGUCAUUGAAGAUGGCGCAAACAAGCCUUGGCGACCUAUCCCAGCUGGCCGUAUCUCACCUGAGCUGACCCACCGAUGGCAACUGAUUGCGAUUGCUUCACUGCUAACGCUAUGCUUUACCGUUAUGGGUGGGUGGCAGGAGACGUGCUUCUACCUCUUCUGCACCUGGCUCUACAACGAGCGUGCCUGGGGUGACAAGAGCUGGUGGCAACGUGCUCUUAUGAACGCUUGCGGUAUCAACACGAACCGUGUGGCAACCCUUCGUAUCGCCGUGAUGGCCAUUCAGUCCAACUCGGAUGUCAAGUUCGAGUUUACAAACAAGGGUCUGGGCUGGUUCCUGAUUUGUGCUGCUUUGGUCUUCACCACCAUCCAGGUCCAGGACUUGCGCGAUCAGGAGGGUGACAAGCUGAUCGACCGUCAAACUUUCCCUCUAAUUCUUGGCGACGCACCGACACGCUGGAUCACAGCUGUGGGAGUAUGCAUUUGGUCUGUAAUCUGCCCUUUCUACUGGGGUCUUGGAGCUAUUGGCUGCAUGCUACCCAUGGUCACCGGGGCUCUGGUAGCGGCGCACAUGCUCAUUCGCCGCGAUCGUAAGAGUGAUCAGACAAGCUUCCGACUGGUGGCUGUUUGGUGGGUGUCUCUUUACUUCCUCCCAAUGAUGAGCACACUGGGGCUUUAG